UUAAUUAACCGUUUUUUGUUGGGACCGUCCGCUGUCGCGUAACUCGCGUUACCCGAACAAUCGUCUAGGGUUUCUUCAACUUCUCUCAGAAGUGCCAAGGCAGGAAAGCUUCCGUCAGCUUCUCUCCACUCGAUUCAUCGACCGCCAUGGCUAACCCUAACUCAAUGCCGAGGUCCUUUCUUCAGGUGGCGGCAACAGAGGAGGUUGCUCCUCCGCUCAGAGUUGUUCAGAUCGAGGGACUGGUCAUAUUAAAGAUAAUCAAACACUGCAAGGAGUUUUCACCUGCCUUAGUGACAGGGCAACUUCUUGGGCUAGAUGUUGGCAGCGUUCUUGAAGUCACAAACUGUUUCCCCUUCCCGGUCAGAGAAGAGGAUGAGGAGAUUGAGGCUGAUGGUGCCAAUUACCAGCUUGAAAUGAUGAGAUGUUUGAGAGAGGUUAAUGUCGACAACAACACUGUUGGGUGGUACCAGUCAACCUUGCUCGGUUCUUUUCAGACGGUGGAAUUGAUUGAAACCUUCAUGAAUUACCAGGAAAAUAUCAGACGUUGUGUGUGCAUCAUUUAUGACCCUUCAAGGUCCAAUCAAGGGGUCCUAGCUCUCAAAGCUUUAAAGCUUUCUGAUUCUUUCAUGGAGCUUUACCGUAGUAACAAUUUUACUGGAGAGAAGUUGAGAGAGAAAAAUUUAUCAUGGGUGGAUAUUUUUGAGGAAAUUCCUAUCAAAGUCUCCAAUUCAGCACUUAUCAGUGCCUUUAUGACCGAGCUGGAAGCAGAUACUCCUGUCACACAGUGUGACUAUGAUCGACUGCAAUUAUCAACAAAUCCGUUCAUGGAGAGGAAUAUGGAGUUUCUGAUUGAAUGCAUGGAUGAUUUGUCUAUGGAGCAGCAGAAGUUCCAAUUUUACUAUCGAAACCUGUCUCGACAGCAAGCUCAGCAACAAGCAUGGCUUCAGAAGAGGAGGGCUGAGAACAUUUCCCGUAAAGCUGCGGGUGAAGAACCAUUUCCAGAGGAAGAUCCCUCAAACCCCAUCUUCAAACCAAUCGCUGAGCCUUCACGGUUGGAGAGCUUUCUCAUAACAAAUCAAAUUUCCAACUAUUGCAACCAAAUUAACGGGGUUGCUGGGCAGAGCUUCAACAGACUUUACUUGAUGAAGGCUUUGCAUGAAACUGGACAGGAUGCUUGAAAUCUUUGAUCUUUAUGGUAUAAUAUCAAUUGUGGACGGUCUGCUGGUUAAGGAAAGAGGGAACUCAUCUUCAUAGCUAGCUUUGCCUUCUACAGAUGAAAAUUUUGGAAUACCAAGCAAACAAAAUAUUAAUCUCAGUCAUCAUAAUUUCUGUUUGUAGAUGAAAAUGAUGAAUGGAAAUUAUUGUGUUUCUUUUAUUCAUUUUGAACUAGGGAAUCAUAGAAACAAUUAUGUUAGGUUGGAUCAACAUGGUUAUCUUCCAAGAGAGUUGACGAAUUUUGGUGAUUUAACGCAAAAUUUGAAAGUUUGGUACAUGAGCAAUUUGUUUCAAAAUUUUGAAGCCAUUGGGUGGUGAUUGAAGAAC